AUGAAGGGCUCCGGCCUCUUCUCCAUCCUCUCCUCUCUCCUCCUCUUCUUUGCAGCUUGUUCAUCGGCCUGGCCGUGGCCGGAAUUUCUCAACGGCAAGGCCGACGUUCUGAUUGUCCCCCGCCAGAACCAGAACCAGAAUCAGAACAACAACGACAAUAACGAUAAUGCCUCCUCCAGUUCAUCUGCGAGCCAGCCCGCAUCCUCGUCGGGCUCUUCAUCAGGCACUCAGUCUGGGUCAACGAUAACUCCAGCUCCGUCUGCAUCGGGGUCAGGGGCAGGGGCAUCAGGAUCUCGGAACGGGACCACAACAAAGAGCACCAAAACCACUCCAAUCGACCCUCGCCUCCCACCUGGCGGUAUCUCUCUCAUCACACCCGCUCUGAUUGAUGGCCCUCAAUACUACAAGGUCGGGGAUUUUGUGACCUUUGCGUGGAACUAUACCUCUCUGUCGGUGACCCCGUCCGCGAUCGACGUGCUGGCGUCCUGCGCUUUGAAUCAAGCCACCUACACAAUCUCUUCCAACAUGUCGGUGCAGGAGACGGGUGCUAUCACCUGGGACACGGGAGAGAUGUUCGCCACGGCCACCAAUCCCUUCCCAGUUGCUAGCUAUACUCUGAUCAUCCACGAUUCGUCACAAGAUAUCACCGACAUCCCCAGUGCUGGAUUUUUGGCGGCCUAUGAGCAGUAUAUCUUUGGGAUGUAUACAGGACAACCAUAUACUCCGUUGAACGAAUUCAAGUGUGCAACCUGCAAUGGUGCAUUCUCCAUCCAUGAAAAGCAAGCGCUGGGCGUGAUCCUGACAGCAUCAGCCAUCACCAUUUUGUCCUUCACAUGGUUCGCCAGGGGCUUCGGCGUGUUUUGA